UCUCUCUGUCUCUCUCUCUCUCUGACCUCUCUCUCUGACCUCUCUCUCUCUCUCUGACCUCUCUCUGACCUCUCUCUCUGACCUCUCUCUCUCUUUUAAGAUAAUAUGGAAAAUGUGUACAACAAUAAGACAACACGACACCAAGCUUCUAUUGGCCGAUUCCUAGCCUGAUCCGAGAUAUGUAUCUGAAGACAAGUCAGCUAGCUUUAGCCAAGUUAUCUAAAGCUAAUCAGAUCUGGGACCAGGCUAUCUGAUUCCUUGUCUGUCUGUCUGUUGGCUAGUGUAGGGAUGAAUAAUGUCAGUGUGGAGCUGAAACCUUAAGGAAGCAUGUUAAAUAUGUCUCCACUGCCUCUGCUGCGUCAGACCCUUUCGGUCUGUCUCUCUUCUUCUUAAGAUGGUGAAACCUCUCCUUUGGCAGGCGAUAACUCGCUUCCCUGUUUUUACGUCCCCUUUUUAUGAUGUAAUGGCCAGCUCCAGUCACUUCCUGUUGAAAGGUCAGAUGGAUGGUGUCCUAUGGAUUCUGUAUCAUCACUUUACACAUGGUCUUAUACUCAACAGUUAGGUAAAGCGUUUGUUCUGUAAAGGAAGACCCCUGAAGCGGUGUGGAGCUUCAACAUCAUGUGACAACAGUUUCAUAUCAGUUGGAUAGUGGAUUGGAAUUUCACUUCAUACAAAAAGACUGAAUUAUUGUGUGUGGACAUUGUUGUUUUUCAGAGGCACUUAUUAACCCCGAGUAGACACACCCACCCAGAGUGAGCUGAGCCCAGUGGGCAGCCUAGGGCAAGGUCCCCCCCCCCCCCCCCUCCGGGUGCACCUUUUGGUUUUUGCCCCUAGCACUACACAGCUGAUUCAAAUAAUCAAAGCUUGAUGGUGAGUUGGUUAUUUGAAUCUGCUUUGUAGUGGUUUGCAGGACAGAGGUUUGGCCAGCAGGGGGGAGGCACUGACGUGUGAAUGGUUAGUCAGGCUGAGCUCGGAUGGCUACAGUGUGGUUUAGUACCAGCCAGACAGCUAGCUCUGGCGCCCCCUGGGUUUUCCUAACACAUCCACACAGCAGUCAGCCAUAGGGCAGGUGAUGCACAUGGAAUACCACUGACUUCCAAAGACAACAGGGACGGGUGACAAGGCGAGGUCUCGCUGUCUUUCUCCCCUCCUCCCUCUCUUUCUCCCCCCAUCCAGCCCCUGAAGAACUCGGCUCUCCACUAGCGCUUUAUCAGCCUGUGUGGAUCCACCCAUCCCUUCAAGAUAGGACCGGUGGUGUAGCCAGCGUGUGGAUCCACCCAUCCCUUUAAGAUAGGACCGGUGGUGUAGCCAGCGUGUGGAUUCAACCAUCCCUUCAAGAUAGGACCGGUGGUGUAGCCAGUGUGUGGAUCCACCCAUCCCUUUAAGAUAGGACCGGUGGUGUAGCCAGCGUGUGGAUUCAACUAUCCCUUUAAGAUAGGACCGGUGGUGUAGCCAGCGUGUGGAUCCACCCAUCCCUUUAAGAUAGGACCGGUGGUGUAGCCAGCGUGUGGAUUCAACCAUCCCUUUAAGAUAGGACCGGUGGUGUAGCCAGCGUGUGAAUCCACCCAUCCCUUUAAGAUAGGACCGGUGGUGUAGCCAGCGUGUGGAUCCACCCAUCCCUUUAAGAUAGGACCGGUGGUGUAGCCAGCGUGUGGAUCCACCCAUCCCUUUAAGAUAGGACCGGUGGUGUAGCCAGCGUGUGGAUUCAACCAUCCCUUUAAGAUAGGACCGGUGGUGUAGCCAGCGUGUGGAUCCACCCAUCCCUUUAAGAUAGGACCGGUGGUGUAGCCAGCGUGUGGAUCCACCCAUCCCUUUAAGAUAGGACCGGUGGUGUAGCCAGCGUGUGGAUCCACCCAUCCCUUUAAGAUUGGACCGGUGGUGUAGCCAGCUUGUGGAUCCACCCAUCCCUUUAAGAUGGGACCGGUGGUGUAGCCAGCGUGUGGAUCCACCCAUCCCUUUAAGAUAGGACCGGUGGUGUACCCAGCGUGUGGAUUCAACCAUCCCUUUAAGAUAGGGCCGGUGGUGUAGCCAGCGUGUGGAUCCACCCACCCCUUUAAGAUAGGACCGGUGGUGUAGCCAGCGUGUGGAUUCAACCAUCCCUUUAAGAUAGGGCCGGUGGUGUAGCCAGCGUGUGGAUCCACCCAUCCCUUUAAGAUAGGACCGGUGGUGUAGCCAGCGUGUGGAUUCAACCAUCCCUUUAAGAUAGGACCGGUGGUGUAGCCAGCGUGUGGAUUCAACCAUCCCUUUCUAACAAGAUAAAGGGAUUCACCAUUCCCUUUUAAGAACAAGGGUGGAUUGUGUUUAUUCUUCCGAAGGAGACGGUAUCUAUGUGGAUCCACCCAUGGUUGUAUUGACAAGUCAUCGUUGUCUUUCUAAAGGAGUAGUCCCUACGAUUAACUCUUAAUGCCGUCUUAUCUAGGGGAUACCCUUGUAGUACCUCAGUAACAGAUAUUGAAUGUACGUUCAAACCCUUUUCUUUUCCUGUACAGCUUUUCUAGUGACCUCUCUGCUAUUCCUGGGAGGGUUGUGAAAAUUGUAGCACUGACGACGAUCAAUAAAGACCCCACUAACUCAAUGACCAAACUGGAGAGGAUUUCCAUUCAAUCUGUCUUCAAAACCAGUUACUUCUCUCUCUGCAUUUUGAUCUGUUCUACUUCAUUUGUUUCUCUGUGGAAAACGAGCACAAUGCUUUCCCGCGAUUUUUAAUUGGACACCAGAUUCCGUCUGACAAGUUUCUUCAACCUCCUGUUCUACAGAACAAUGUAACUUGGAGGAAAAUUCAAAGCGUCAGCUUGAUCUGUUAGUUUCCUUUUCUAGAAUAUAGAACUAGAUGCCUUUCUCUUUCCCCUAAUGCUGCUCUAGCUAUUGUGCAUGUAAGGUAUUUUUGGAGGGUAAAUGCUAUUGGCUUAAAGAUUGUUAUGUUGUUGUCCACCCUUUGCUCCCCAGUGCUUUACCCUUAACCCAAGUUGCCAUUUUGUGGUGGUCAGUAACCAGUGAUGUACAGUUUUCCCCUACCUACCGGAGUCUGAGGACAUGGGAGUGUGCCUGUGUCCAAACAUUAUAGGCUCCUGUCUCAUGUGAUUUUUAUAUAUAUAUAUAUAUAUAUAUAUAUAUAUAUAUAUAUAUAUAUAUAUAUAUAUAUAUAUAUAUAUAUAUAAAAAUGUAAUAUCCCCAAUAGUUUGUAUUAUGAGCGUAAAUUGUGAUCUUACAUUGCCGUUGAUGAUAUUGAUGACAUAUUUGGGUUGUUUUCAGUUCAGCACUCACUGUGUUGUUGAAACCAUUUGUUUUCUUUGUUUUGUAAUCUAUCUCUGUGUUCGACAUGUUGUACUGAAACAUUUCAGAAAAAAAACAACCUUUUGAAACGUUUUGUGAAAUGUUUUUUGUCCUAGCCACUCUGCCGUACGUAGCGUAGCCGCCCUAUCCAGCCGGAAACCUCCGGGCCUUAUCUCUCCCUAUAAAGUAGCUGUAGAGUUACCAUGGAAACACUUACUGCCUUAAUCACAGUUGACCACAGUAGGUGAGGUAGGAGACAGUCACAAGUCAAUCUAACAACUAACACUUUACAGUCUGUAUUCAAUCAAUACCGGUGAAAGAGUUUUGCCGGAUUAUUCAAAAGUAACUCUGAAAAAAGCACAUUUGAAUUGAUAUGCAGUUGUCUUUUAGUUUGAAACAGCAAAUUAUUUGUUGAGUACAUCAAUUAAAAUAUGCAUUAUUUCAGUGCAGAAUAAAAAUGUCUGACUUAACCAUUUUGAUUGAAUAUGCCCUACAUGUAACCCAGCAGGUCACUGGCAGUGGUACAGACUGAAGGGAAGUCCACCUGAUAUUUCACUCUGGGGUGUUAGAAUGUUCCCCCUCUGAAAGGGUCUUUCAUGGCCAGCCCCGAACCACACCAAACACUGGGGUGGUCUGGCAGACAUGCAGCAAAUGAUGGACAGAAUUGGUCACUUUAAUCUCUCAGGGUUCAAAUACAAACAUACCCUCCUGCACUCUUUCUCCAUCCGUUUCAUGUUCCCACCCUCCUGCACUCUUUCUCCAUCCGUUUCAUGUUCCCACCCUCCUGCACUCUCUCUCCAUCCGUUUCAUGUUCCCACCCUCCUGCACUCUUUCUCCAUCCGUUUUAUGUUCCCACCCUCCUGCACUCUUUCUCCAUCCGUUUCAUGUUCCCACCCUCCUGCACUCUUUCUCCAUCCGUUUCAUGUUCCCACCCUCCUGCACUCUUUCUCCAUCCGUUUUAUGUUCCCACCCUCCUGCACUCUUUCUCCAUCCGUUUCAUGUUCCCACCCUCCUGCACUCUUUCUCCAUCCGUUUCAUGUUCCCACCCUCCUGCACUCUUUCUCCAUCCGUUUCAUGUUCCCACCCUCCUGCACUCUUUCUCCAUCCGUUUCAUGUUCCCACCCUCCUGCACUCUUUCUCCAUCCGUUUCAUGUUCCCACCCUCCUGCACUCUUUCUCCAUCCGUUUCAUGUUCCCACCCUCCUGCACUCUCUCUCUCCAUCCGUUUCAUGUUCCCACCCUCCUGCACUCUCUCUCCAUCCGUUUUGUGUUCCCACCCUCCUGCACUCUCCAUCCGUUUCGUGUUCCGACCCUCCUGCACUCUCUCCAUCUGUUUCGUGUUCCACCCUCCUGCACUCCCUCCAUCUGUUUCGUGUUCCCACCCUCCUGCACUCCCUCCAUCUGUUUCGUGUUCCAACCUCCUGCACUCUCCAUCCGUUUCGUGUUCCACCCUCCUGCGCUCUCUCCAUCCGUUUCGUGUUCCACCCUCCUGCGCUCUCUCUCCAUCCGUUUCGUGUUCCACCCUCCUGUGCUCUCUCUCUCCAUCCGUUUCUUGUUCCACCCUCCUGCGCUCACUCUCUCCAUCCAUUUCGUGUUCCACCCUCCUGCGCUCUUCCCUCUCCCUUUGUGCACUGUGAGUUGUGUAUUUGGUUUUACUGUCUCUUCUGUUCUUUGGCACUGACAUCUAACCUUCAUCUAAUAAUGAAUGAAUGAAUGUUUUAAAUGAGCUGUGUGUAAUGGUGAAAUUUGGGAAAUGUAUUUUUACAACAUGUGAACAUGAUUCCUUUUGGGGGGGUCUUUCACUCACUCUUGUCGUGAAUUAAUUGAUUUUCUUUCACCAGACUGCAAAAUCAAUUUAAUAAAAAAUAGAAGAACAGUCUCCUGUAACUAGGCUCCUGUAACUAGGCUCCUGUAACUAGGCUCUUAUGCUUUAUUUUUCUUUUGUUUACUUUUUUUAUUAGAAACAAUCAUGUUUGUUUCCGAUGGUAAACUCCACACCGUAUUUUAAUAAAAUUCCCAAAAUGAACCCUU